UGUACUAAUUUGCAUAUAUACUACUUAAAUUAUGUCCAAUGUUGGAGAUAAAAUUGUAUGGAGAUGAUUAAUAUAGCAUCAUGUGUUGCCGUUUUGUUGCCACGCAAACUGUUGAAUGUGGUGCUGCUUUCUGCUUCUGGCAUGCUGUUAACCUUCAGACAUUCAACGUUCCAUAGUAUGUGUGAAUCUCAUAUGUUUUACCUAGAAUUCUAAGAAAUGUCUUGGAUAGUUGUAGAUUUUUUUUUUGUCUGAAUGAAGGGUAUAGUUCAGAAUAUGCUGUUUCCCUUUCUCUGCAUUUGUCUUGGUGCUAGGCUCCAUUUUAACCAAGUUUGCUAAUUAUGCUGUUAUUUUGAGUGGCUGCAGGCUGGUCCCGAUGAAGAGAGUUACAUUGGCCAUAAUACUGAGUUUUUUCAAGGUAGAGAUGACAGAUCAUACUUCACAUGCCGUUGGUUUUUCCGUGCGGCGGAUACGGUAUGUAUUAUGGAGGUGUUUUCCUUUUUUAAAGGCAAUUGAGCACGUGCCUAAGACAAAUGCAUUGCACAAUAGAAUGGAACUUGCAUAACAUUUUAAACUUUUCUUUUAGCUGCUGCAUUUUCAACUUGGCACAGCAUUUUUAUCCUGAAUUUCUGGCUUUUCCUUCCUUGGAGUGAAUUAACAGGAUAAAAAUAAUGCAUUGUUUCAGAAAUAAAGGCCAAAACGUACCAACUAACAGUCAUAUUACUCCACGCGCACUGAGUUGAUCAGUUUAACUUGCAGGUCAUCUCACCGAAGCUGCUUAAGGUCCAUGAUCAUCAACAUAAUGAUAGGCGUGUUUUCCUUUCAGAGGAAAAGAAUGACAACAUGAUCGAGUCAAUAAUUUGUAAACUGAACAUAAUUUAUGUUGCCCCAAAUGUAAGUGAUUUGUUCUAUCUUUCAAGUUAAAGUAGGCUUAUUACAUACUACUUGUCAGGUUUGUGUUGAUCUUUUAUAUUUCUGUUUUGUCAAACAACUACAGGAGAUACCACAGGCAAAAGAUCGGUUAAUAUCAAAUUCUGAUUACUAUUAUGAUAUCUCUUACUCGGUGGCAUGUUCCACAUUUGCAAAUAUGCCAGCAGGUAAUAAUUUAUAGGUGUAUUUUAUUUCCAUUGCAAUCUUCACAUGUCUUGCUCGGUGAUGCCUGUAAGCAACUUAUUUAAAUUAAACAACACAAUAGAUUUGGCUAGUGUAUAGCUGUGAUCCUGAACUUAUACUAAAUUGGUACAGAUCUGAACUGAAAAAUGUAUUCAUCAACAUUGCAUACCAUGAUAUUUCUUGUCAUGCUUUUUGAUGAGUUAUUUUGUUGUAGAAAAUGAUGGUGCAGCAGACAGUGAUACAACUUCAGAUAUAUCUUGUGAAGAGGGGAAACCAGUGGCUGACCUUGUGACAUACAGUUUGCUCGAUCUAUAUUCAGGGUGUGGGGCUAUGUCAACAGGGCUCUGCCUUGGUGCAGAAUUGGCUGGCAUAAAACUAGAGACUAAAUGGGCUGUGGACAUGAACUCAUAUGCUUGUGAGAGCCUAAAGCAUAACCACCCUUCAACACAGGUACGAAAUGAGAAGGCUGAAGAUUUCCUAUCCCUCCUUCAACAGUGGAACGCACUUUGUAAGAAAUAUGUCAUCCACGGCAGCAAUUCUUUGGGCUCUGAUCUAGCUCAGGCGUCAAACGAUGAUGAAAAUGAUGAAAACGAAUCUCUACCAAAGGAUGUAUUUGAGGUAGAGAGGCUUGUUGAUAUAUGCUAUGGUGAUCCAAAUAAGACUGGAAAAAAUGGCUUAUGGCUUAAGGUUCGGUGGAAAAAAUAUGAUGCUAGUCAAGAUACAUGGGAGCCAAUUGAUGGUCUAAGUGAUUCCUAUGAGUGUAUUAAAGAAUUUGUUCAGAGUGAAUAUAGGGAUUCCAUUCUGCCUUUGCCUGGUUCUGUGGAUGUUAUUUGUGGGGGUCCUCCCUGCCAAGGCGUUAGUGGAUUCAACAGAUUCAGAAAGCCUGAUAAUCCGCUGAUGGAUGAAAAGAACAAGCAAUUGGUUGUCUUUAUGGAUAUCGUGAACUAUCUGCGACCUAAAUAUGUUCUUAUGGAGAAUGUUGUAGACAUCUUGAAAUUUGCAGAUGGGUUCCUCGGCCGCUAUGCAUUGAGCCGUCUUGUCGCUAUGAACUACCAAGCAAGACUUGGGAUGAUGGUUGCGGGUUGUUAUGGGCUGCCGCAGUUUAGGAUGCGGGCAUUUAUCUGGGGAGCUCUUCCUUCCAUGGUUCUUCCAAAAUUCCCACUUCCCACCCAUGAUGUUAUUAAGCCAGGACUAGUGCCAAAUGCAUUUUCGCGAUGUCUCGUUGCUUAUGAGGAAACAGCAAAUAAACACUUGAGAAAAGCUCUUGUCCUCGAAGAUGCAAUAUCUGAUUUACCGGAGGUUCAAAACCAUCAGCCUAAUGAUGUCAUGGAGUAUGACAGUGACCCCAAAACAGAGUUCCAACGCUAUAUCCGGCUUAGCAGUAGAGACAUGAAGGGUUACUCAUUUGAAGAUGCUACUCCUAAGAAAGGUCAACUUUUCGAUCAUCAACCGCUACAAUUAAACAAUGAUGAUUAUGAACGAGUGCAGCAAAUUCCUGAAAAGAAGGGGGCCAACUUUCGUGAUUUGAAGGGUGUCCGAGUUGGGGCCAAGAACACUGUUGAGUUUAAUCCAAAUAUUCCUCGAGCACUCCUGUCUUCUGGGAAACCUUUGGUGCCUGAUUAUGCCAUGUCCUUCAUCAAGGGAAAGUCAUCAAAACCAUUCAGACGCCUGUGGUGGGAUGAAACUGUUCCAACUGUUGUCACAAGAGCUGAACCUCACAACCAGGCUAUUUUGCAUCCCACCCAGCACCGUGUUCUGACCGUCAGAGAAAACGCUAGGCUCCAAGGCUUUCCAGACUAUUAUAGGCUCUUUGGGCCUGUAAAAGAGAAAUACAUUCAGGUUGGCAAUGCCGUUGCUGUUCCUGUUGCUCGAGCUCUGGGAUACUCCCUUGGACAGGCUCUCCGGGGUGAAUUCGUCGGAGACCAGCCCCUGUUCAAACUGCCUGAGAGUUUUAGUUGUAUGGGUCAAGCAGCAGCCACCGGAUCGUCUGUAGGGGUAGUGGAGGCAGAAUAAUUAUUCACCGGCUGUCGCUUUAGGUCAUAUACUUGCGUGAGGAGCCGCCCAUACAUUGCCAUCUAUUGUGAAACACUCAUCUGUCAAAUUCUACAAACAUUUGUUAACGUUUGUAAAUCAUAAUUAAGUUCAGUUGUUCC